AUUUGUCUUUAACUUUGUCUCCAAUUAUUCUCUUGGUGCUUCUUUUUCUUUGUCAAGACAAUUUUUAUAUCAGCAAUCUCAUUAACCUCUUAGACCAUGGCUGUUGCUGAAUCAGCUACUGCAAUUCAAAGAAACCAAGUUGAUCUCUUGGACUUCAUUGAUUGUUCUGGAGUUGAAUGCCAUAACCAAAGCUCUGGUCACCUUCUGGCCGAUGCUCUCAAGCAGGGUUAUAGAGAAGAUGAAGGCUUGAAUCUAGAGAGUGAUGCAGACGAACAACUUUUGAUAUAUAUCCCUUUCACUCAAGUCGUUAAACUACAUUCCAUUGUCGUUAAGGGAUCCAAAGAGGAAGGUCCUAAGACGGUGAAACUUUUUACAAACAGGGAGCAUAUGGGGUUUAGUAAUGUCAAUGACUUCACUCCAAGCGACGCUGCUGUUUUAUCGCUAGAUAAUCUGAAGGGCAAACCUAUAGUCGUGAAGUAUGUCAAGUUUCAGAAUGUUCGUAGCUUGACGAUAUUUAUCGAGGACAAUCAAUCGGGUUCCGAAAUCACUAAAGUUCAGAAGAUCGCUUCAUAUGGAUCAAUGUAAGUUCUUAAUAAUUCUUAAUCGCCGUUCUCCGCAUUAUUUGAUGUCAUUUUCAUCUUUAAUGUUGCUGGAUAAAUUCUAGUUUACUGGUUCCUUCUUAGCAUCAACAUAUUGUUCAAGACAUGAACUUGUGCUUUAGUCACAUUGUCUUUCUUUUGUAUUGUGUUGUCUCUGUCACACCCGAGCUAAGGACAACAUGAUC